AUGGGGCUUUUUGGAAAUGUUUUCGGCAAAAAGCAAGAGCCUGCCCCAACUACCCAAGAUGCUAUUCAGAAGCUGAGGGAGCAAGAGGAGAUGCUCAUCAAGAAGCAGGACUUCUUAGAGAAGAAAUGUCAAGAGGAAGUUAGUAAUGCUCGACAACAUGGAACUAAGAAUAAAAGGUUAGCCUUGCAAGCUUUAACAAGAAAGAAGCAGCAUGAAAAGCAACUGAAGCACAUUGAUGGAGUUCUCCAAACUAUUGAGUUCCAGAGAGAAGCCUUAGAGAACGCUUCUAUGAACGCCGAAGUUUUGAACGUUAUGGGUAGUGCCAGUAAGGCUCUCAAAGCCGCUCACAAUAAUAUGGAUAUUGAUAAGGUGCACGAUCUCAUGGAAGACAUUGCUGAACAGCAAGAUGUUGCGAAUGAGAUUGCUGAGGCUAUCUCAAGCGCCCCUGGCUUUGACAGAGGCAUUGAUGAAGAUGAAUUGAUGGCCGAGCUAGAGGCGCUCGAACAAGAAGAACUCGACAAACAAUUGCUCGAUAUCAACCAACCACCUGUGGUCUCCCUUCCAGAGGUUCCAUCCAGUGAUCUUCCUUCAACGAGUAAAGCCAAGGCCGCUCAUGAUAAGGAUCUCGAUGACUUGGAACAGUGGGCCAGCGCUUAA